AGGAAAGCUCCCUUCCAUGACAAAAAUAUACAGCAAAUUCACACCUCUUUCUUUUUCUCUCUCUACCUAAAAUUCGCUGUCUUUCAGUCUCCUCUCUCUGCCCCUUCAUCGCUUCCCUCUCUUUCUGCAAACUCUAUCAUCCCCAUGAGAGUGAGAGCCACACCACUUGAAAAAGAACAACAACCAUUUUAUUAGACUAUGCACUGCCAUUCCCAUGGCCUCCCCCCACUCCCAUAGCUUCAUGUUCCAAUCACGCGCCGCCACGGACCACCAAGACUUCGUUCCGUCCUCCUCCUUCAACGCCAUCCCCUCCUGCCCUCCUCACCUCUACUUUCACGAUGGAGUGGUGCCGUUUAUGAUGAAGAGAUCGAUGUCGUUUUCGGGAGUGGAGAACGGGUGCGAGGAGGUGAACGGGGAGGAGGGGUUGUCGGACGACGGAUCGGCGCUGGGGGAGAAGAAGAAGAGGCUGAAUUUGGAGCAGGUGAAGGCUUUGGAGAAGAGCUUUGAGGUGGGGAAUAAGCUUGAGCCGGAGAGGAAAAUGCAGCUGGCCAAGGCGUUGGGGCUGCAGCCGAGGCAGAUUGCUAUUUGGUUUCAGAACAGAAGGGCCAGGUGGAAAACGAAGCAAUUGGAGAGAGAUUACGAGGUGUUGAAGAAACAGUUUGAAUCUCUAAAGGCUGACAACGAUGUACUUCAAGCUCAAAAUUCCAAACUCCAUGCACAGUUAUUAGCACUAAAAACGAAAGACUCCGGCGAGACGGCAGCCGGCGGCGGCGCCACCCUGAAAAAGGAAAACGAAGGCGGUUGUUGGAGCAGCGACAAUAGUUGCGACAUCAACCUCGAGAUGUCAAGGACACAGCCAAUUACGACCAACGGCGGCGGUCGAGGAUGCUCCCAGCCGGGCAUUAAAGAGCUGUUCCCAUCGGCGGCGUCGUUCCGAUCCGCCGCCAUAACGCAGCUGCUUCAGCAGGGGUCGUCCACAAGAUCAGGCGUGGAGCAUCACCCGCAGGUGAUUCAAGAAGAAAGCUUCUCCCAUAUGUUCAAUGGAAUCGAAGAACAACAACAAUCUGCAGCAGCUGGGUUUUGGCCAUGGACUUCGGAUCAAAGCACCCAUUUUCAUUAAUCUUCAAUACCUUCACACCUUUUUUUUCCUCUCUUUAUAAAACAGUUCAAAAUUUUAAAAUUUUAAUUAGUUCGAUCAGUUGUAUUAUUGGGAAUUUGGGAUUAAUUAAUGAUUGGGUUUACAAAUUAAAAUGAAAUGAUACUACUACUACGCUUUUGAUAA